AAUGGCCUCAGUCAUAUUAUUUAAGACCUUCCCCCGAGGGAGCGCCACCGCGCACAUAUUGGAACCAUACCUACUAUCGCGGCCCCAAGAACGAAUCCGUCCGAAUAUCAUAUUGUAGCGAUAGGAGCCAUUCCGAGGUUAUCGCACGGGAGUUUCUCAAUGAGCCUGUGAUAGGAUUUGAUAUGGAAUGGUACUGGGACUCCGAUAAGCGCCCGCGACUCAGAGACAAAGUAGCAUUGAUCCAGAUAGCCUGCGAACGGAAAAUCGGAUUAUUUCAUAUCGCACGCCAUGAUGGUAACACAACUGAAGAACUUAUCGCGCCAGCUCUGCGCCGUAUCAUCGAGUCCGCGAAUAUUAUCAAGACAGGCGUGGGAAUACUGAGUGCCGAUUUCUCCAGACUUCAGAAUUUUUUUCAGUUGGCACCUCGGGGCGCCGUCGAGCUAAGUCACUUAAACAAUCUGGUCACCUUCGGAUCACAGAAUCCCGACAAAGUUACAACAAGACUGCGCGCGUUGAGUAAACUUGUUGAAGACCACCUCGGACUACCUCUUUUCAAAGGGUCUGUCCGGAAAAGUGAUUGGAGUUUACCCUUGGACGACAGACAGAAGACAUAUGCCGCCGACGAUGCCUACGCUGGGUAUAUGUUAUUUCAUCGCAUGAACGCACUACGACUCAAAAUGACACCGAUUCCGCCUUUGCCUAAGUUAGGAGAGUCAUAUUUACCUUUUGCAUUCUCGAAAGUAAUACCUGUCCAGCUGGAACCAGUUCCAGAUCGACCUGAAGCAGCUAUAUUCACAGCUAGAGAUUUCUUCCAACCAGAGAGUGACGAAGUGACAGAUAGGAGUGUUGAGAAAACAGAAACGUCCAAACCACUAGAUAUACAGCCGAAAGGGAAUACUAAGGAUGAAAAGAAAACCGUAGUCGACGCUUCGAAAGAUCUAGAAAUCUCGCGCGAAAUCUACAAGAAACUUGUGUUGCAUAGGAGAAUCCUUGCGAAAGCGAAAGGCAUAUCCGCUUUCAUCAUUGCCACGAAUAAGAUCCUAGAUCAGCUCUCUAAAUCUCGUCCAACUAACAAAAAAGAGCUUUUGAAGGUACACGGAGUGGGUGAAAAUAAGGCUUCGUUAUAUGGUGAUGAAUGGCUUCAGAUUAUUUCCCAAUACAAUGAGGAGUGUCCCAGGGAAAUCCCUGAGAAGGCUCCCAUUCCGCUACAGUCGAAAUCUCCGAAUGUGAUCAUUCCCAACAAAACAGCUGAUCGUCAAAAACCUCUAGAUUCCGCACCAUCCGAUUCACCAGACGAAUUAUACCAGCGGCUUUAUGAGCAUCGAAAAUCCCUAGCUACCAUUCGAGGGUGUCUAUCCUACGUUAUAGCCACCAAUUUAGUCUUGGAAGCUAUCGCUCGAGAACGCCCUACGACCUAUAAGGAACUUCUAGCCAUUGAUGACAUAACAGAAUCUCAAGUAGCCACAUACGGACCUGCUUGGCUUAGAAUUAUUGCGGGUUUUGAGGCUGACCCUAAACCAAGGCCUUUACUACCAUCGAUAUCAGAAACACCUGCAGAGUCGCAUCCAAAGGACUUUUUUCAAAAACCACAUCCACAGCUCGAUCACCGACCGCCAACACAUAAUAGGAUUAAACAUGUAGGCCGCUCAAUAGAACUGUUGCCGGCCCAGCCUACGGGCAGCACUGGAUUGUCCUUCAAGCUUAGCGAAACUAAUCUUAGUGUUGAUAAAAUACCGGUAGAAAGGGAUGAUGAUGUCUGUUAUGAUGGCCCUGAGAAAUCAACAUUGGAACCACCUAUAAUGCCGCCCAUAUCACCACAAUUGAAACGCAAACGAAUAGAAUGCUCAAACUCCCCUUCCAAGAAAGCAAAUACUGCGGAUCUCUCUUUAAACCCCACAUCAGGCUUAAACCCACCUGAGGUUCCCGUUCCUCCACCGGUGAACAAAGCAGAACAUAUUGAGUCGUUGGGUCCCCAGCACAGAAUAUUGAGAAACAAAUUGGACGCCUACGUCAAGAGCGUUGUUUGGUUGAUGAACCCGAAACCGGCUCAGCCAAUAGUUUCUGAGCAUACCCUACAAUGUCUUGUCACUACGCUACCUCGAACGCUUGACGAACUUCACCAGGUUCCGGGUAUCGAGAGUUUCUUCCAAGCUUGUCAAGGGGUUAAGAAGGAUCUAUGGCUAACUUUCUCAACAUGGACGCGGUCUUCGGGUCUUGUGCCGAAUUCAUAAUUUGAGUGAAAGGGGCACUUUCAGAUGAGACCUUCGGCAUUCGUACCCACGAAUGUCACCAACUACUAUCCGGUGAUCAAGUCGUUGCAAUUCAAACGGGCGUUCGAAAGGCGGAUUGACUUUGUUUUUUUAGUGGAAGUUCACACGUGUGCAAGCUUGGAUCAUCGUUGGAAUUAUAUCGAAUGAAUACUCUGCGGUUCUGCAUUGGUUACGGGGCGGGUAUUUGAGUUAUGAUACCACUUUGAUUUUCUGCGAAAACAAUCAGGCGACCAGGCGAAAGGACUAGGCGGUUUCCUGGAAUACAUAGAUGUUUUAAUAGGAUGUAAUUAACUUCGAAGAACUUGUCAAUUGUAUAGAAAACAGUCGCUUCAUACGGCACACUCGUUAGGAACCAUACCUUGUAUGUUAGACUUGCUCAUGGCGCGUAAGAUGGAAUUGUGAUCGAUACUAUCAAAUCAAAUGGCUUGCU